GCUUAAUCUCAUAUUCUCCUGCAAGUUCGUUUGUCGCUGAUCCAUUUUUGUGGCUUGUGAUUUCUGGUUGCAAGUUUUCUGAACAUGUAAAGCUGCAGGCUUCUGGAUUGAGGGGAUCAGAUUAAGGCGCUUCCCUCAAUCAGCAAUUUAGCAGCAAGCACACUCUCUAAGGUCCAUUUAACAGUUCCAAAUACCCCAUUAAUCAUUGUGGUAGUUUUACUUAAUCUUGAUGUACCAGCGACUAAGGGGUUGCUUGAAAUAAAAAAUAAUAAGCUUACUUGAAUAACGAUUUUUUAAAAAACUAGUUUCCUUAGUUUUCACUAGCUUGUUCAUGUGGGUGACCUUUUGCUCAAAAAAGUUUUACUAACAUUUGUUUGUUCAGAUGAAAUGAACGGAUUCCUCUUUAGACUCGAGACAAGGGAAUCUAAUUCUUACUUAACUCCGACACUUCAAUUCGGAGUAAAAAGUGGAACUUCUAGAAUUGGUAAAAUCAUCGAUUAAUUUCUGUUGCUACACUACUUCGUGAAAAAAUCAAGAACCUCCUUAGAACGAAAAAAUGAUAAGAACAGAAGACGAUGAGCUUAAUAUCUCUACUAGUUUUCUUGUUGGUUGGUAGCUACUGGACCAUAAGAAGCGAUGAGCUUUUGCCUUCACACCAUUCUGUCAAGGCUUUUUAUUUAGAUUACAUGUGAACACUGGGACAAAACAGCAAUUUAUGUUUUGCUUUCAGACGUGGUUUCAUGAGUUAUAUUCUGUUUGUGUUCCAAGAUUCCGUGAAAACCCUUCUUCACAGCAUAAACAGAGCCCGGUUUCUCAAAGCUAAUGGGGAGGAAAAGUAACAAUUCUUCCAUUGGAAUUUUCUUAUUACUUCUUGACUUAUCAUUUGGCUAUCGAGUCGUUCUCACUAUGCAUAAGAAAACGAAAGCAUAGGAAUGACUCUUGUCCUGUGCUCUGACAUCACCAAACGCGGAAAUGAUGCUUAUAAAAGCAAAAUAUGCACUGCCCAUUUCCAAAACAAUGGGUUUUCUUGCUUCUCUAUGCUUCCUCUACCUCUCUGUUUCCCUCUUCCCAUCCCCCUCUUCUUCUGCCUUACUGUUUCAGGGCUUCAACUGGGAGUCAAGCAGCAAAGGAGGAUGGUACAACUCACUGAAGAACAUAAUUCCUGAUCUUGUAAAUGCUAGAAUCACUCAUGUCUGGCUUCCUCCACCCUCCCAGUCAGUUUCUCCACAAGGAUACUUGCCCGGAAGGCUCUAUGAUUUGGAUGCAUCCAAAUACGGAACCCAGAAUGAACUCAAGUCCUUGAUUGCCGCCCUCCAUGAGAAGGGAAUCAAAGCCAUAGCUGACAUAGUGAUCAACCACAGAACAGCAGAGAAGCAGGACCAGAGAGGAAUUUGGUGCAUUUUUGAAGGGGGAACUCCAGAUAACCGCCUGGAUUGGGGCCCUUCCUUCAUUUGCAGCGAUGACACUGAUUAUUCUGAUGGGAAGGGCAAUCCAGACAGCGGCGAGCCCUAUCCUCCAGCUCCUGACAUCGACCAUCUGAAACCACAAGUUCAGAAGGAGAUAUCAGAAUGGAUGAGAUGGUUGAAGACAGAAAUUGGGUUCGAUGGAUGGAGAUUUGAUUUCGUGAAGGGCUAUGCACCAAGUGUUACCAAGCUCUAUAUGGAUCAAACUUCACCAGAUUUUGCAGUGGGUGAGAAAUGGGAUUCACUUUCUGAUGGACCGGACGGGAAGCUUAACCAAAACCAGGAUGCUCAUCGCGAUUCACUGGCGAAUUGGGUUAAGGCUUCGGGCGAUGCCGUUACAGCGUUUGAUUUCACAACCAAAGGGAUUCUUCAAGCCGCAGUUCAGGGGGAGUUAUGGAGGCUGAAGGAUUCCAACGGGAAGCCGCCGGGAUUCAUCGGAAUCAAGCCGGAAAGCGCCGUGACUUUCGUCGAUAACCACGACACCGGUUCUACUCAGAAACUCUGGCCGUUCCCUUCCGAUAAAGUGAUUCAGGGUUACGCCUAUAUUCUCACUCAUCCUGGCACGCCCGCCAUUUUCUACGACCAUUUCGUCGAGUGGGGAUUGAAGGAGGAGAUAAUCAGAUUGUCUGAAAUUAGAGCGAGGAAUCGGAUUGGGAAAACGAGCGCGGUGAAUAUUUUGGCUUCUGACGCCGAUCUGUACGUUGCUGGUGUUGAUGGAAAGAUUAUAAUGAAGAUCGGGGCGAACACCAAUCUUGGAAAUCUGAUUCCGUCGGAAUUUCAGCUUGCCACUUCUGGAAUGGAAUAUGCUGUAUGGGAGAAAAGGUGAGUUCAUGAAGGGGUUUCCUUGGAAGUCCGCCAUUGAUGGAAUAAUUCAUCUUCGAGAUCCAUUUUAGGGAAAGUUUCCUAUAUUAUAUAUAUGAAAAUAUCAGUAAAAGAUGUAAUUUCAAUAAUUGACAUUGAUAAAGUUCGUCUCUCUCUUUCCAGUAAUAUAGAUAAACAAAUAAUAAAGUUCUGCGAAUUAGUAAUAA